CAGAGCAGCUGGCUGGAGGGCCCUUGGCGUGCACUUUUUUCGGAAACGUCAUCUGUCACUCCACAAGCUAGCACUUUUGGCGCGGCGCUGCUGCCUCUCAGCUACUCCCCUCGCUUCCACCUUCCUCUCAUCCCUCGAAUUGGCCAAAGGGCUGCCCCCUCCUCUCAUUCCCAAGCUCUUUUGCUGGGUUCAUCUUCAAAAUGGCCUUGCACGAAAAGCACAGCGAGAGCUCGCAGUCCAUCUCCGCCCAUCAAUACGAUGAGAUCAAGGCUGAAUCGGCCAGUCCUCACAGGCCGUCAAAGAUGGAGCGCGCGGACAGCACUUUCUUUGAAGAGAUGGACCCCGAGCAAAGGGCUGAGUUAACCCGCUUAGCCUCGAAUUUCCCCAGGCGUCAAAGCACCAUCGAUUCCGGCACGCACAUCCAACGAAGAGACACCAUCGACGAGCUAGAACUGGACGAUCCCGUUCUUGAUCCUACCAGCGAUCAGUUCGACCAGCAAAAGUGGGUAAGGAUGAUACUGAAACUGUUGGACAGAGAAGGCAUCCCCCGACCUCCCUCGACCGGCGUCGUUUUCCAGCAUCUCAAUGUCUCGGGAUCGGGUUCCGCUUUGCAAUACCAGAACAAUGUGUCCUCAAUCCUGUUGGCGCCUUUCAGACCGCAGGAGUACCUCCCUUGUGUGCAGCGCGCGCCAGAGAAGCACAUCUUGCGGGACUUCGAUGGUCUGCUCCGGAGUGGGGAGAUGCUGAUAGUCCUGGGACGUCCUGGGAGUGGCUGUUCGACAUUUCUCAAGUCCAUAUGCGGUGAACUACAUGGCUUGAAGCUCCGCAAGAGCUCCGAGAUUCAGUUCAACGGAAUCGCGAUGGAGAAAAUGCACAAGGAGUUCAAGGGCGAGGUGCUAUACAACCAAGAGGUGGAUAAGCACUUCCCGCAUCUCACUGUUGGUCAGACUUUGGAGUUUGCAGCCGCAGCGAGAGCCCCGGAGGUUCGAUUGAUGGGUAUUACUCGGCAGCAAUAUGCCAAGAUUAUCACCCAGGUCGUGAUGACUAUAUUUGGACUGUCUCAUACGUAUAACACCAAGGUCGGCGAUGACUAUGUUAGAGGUGUUUCAGGAGGUGAACGAAAGCGAGUCAGCAUUGCUGAGAUGGCGCUCUCUGGAGCCCCCGUCGGAGCAUGGGACAACAGCACAAGAGGCCUCGAUUCGGCAAGUGCGCUAGAUUUUGUUAAAGCAUUACGAAACUCCGCCAACCUAAGCGGUACUUGUCAUGCAGUCGCCAUCUACCAAGCAUCACAGGCGAUCUACGAUGUUUUUGACAAGGCAAUCGUUCUGUACGAAGGACGAGAGAUCUACUUCGGUCCGUGCAGCGAAGCGAAAGAGUACUUCAUCAACAUGGGCUGGCAAUGUCCCCCGCGUCAGACGACCGGCGACUUCUUGACUUCAAUCACCAACCCCCAGGAACGUCAGACUCGGGAAGGAAUGGAAAACCAGGUCCCCCGGACCCCAGAUGAGUUCGAGAAAUAUUGGAAAAAUAGCCCCCACUAUGCCAGGCUUCAGCAGGAGAUCGAGGCCCACCUGAAGGAGUUUCCUUUGGGCGGAGAGUCGGGAAGGACGUUCGGCGAGAUGAAGCGGAUGAAGCAAGCAAACCAUGUUUGGCAGAAAAGUCCCUAUAUCAUUUCAGUUCCAAUGCAAGUCAAACUUUGCACGGUCAGGGCUUAUCAAAGGAUCUGGAAUGAUAAAUCUUCUACUUUGACUAAUGUCAUCGGUCGGAUUUUUAUGUCCCUCAUUAUUGGAUCGAUGUACUUUGGGACACCUACUGCUACUGCGGGCUUUCAAAGUAAAGGAGCUGCUCUGUUCUUUGCCGUGCUGAUGAAUGCCCUCAUUAGUAUCACCGAGAUCAACUCUCUAUACGACCAACGACCCAUCAUUGAAAAGCAAGCGUCAUAUGCCUUCGUCCAUCCUUUCGCUGAAGCCUUUGGUGGAAUUGUCUCUGACAUCCCCGUCAAGUUUGUCUGCGCCAUAGUGUUUAACAUCAUCUUCUAUUUUCUGGCAGGUCUACGAUAUGAACCAUCUCAAUUCUUCAUCUUUUUUCUGUUCACAUUUCUAAGCACACUCGCAAUGUCUGGAAUAUUCCGCACUCUUGCAGCUUCAACGAAGACUCUCGCUCAAGCAAUGGCCAUGGCUGGGGUAAUGGUGCUUGCUAUCGUCAUCUACACCGGCUUCGUCAUUCCUACACCCCAGAUGUCUUCUAUCCCAUGGUUCAGCUGGAUUCGGUGGAUAAACCCCGUUUACUAUACGUUCGAGGCUUUGGUCGCCAACGAAUUCCACGGUCGGCAGUUCGAGUGUUCGCAAUUCAUACCAUCGUAUCCCAGUUUGAGUGGGGACUCCUUCAUCUGUUCUGUCCGGGGCAGUGUUGCCGGUCAAAGAACCGUGUCUGGAGAUGCUUACAUACAAACGCAGUACAGCUAUACUUAUGCCCACACGUGGAGAAAUCUCGGCAUUCUGAUAGGGUUCUGGAUCUUCUUCACUUUCAUAUAUCUGGUUGCAACUGAAGUCAACUCUGCAACUUCGUCAAAGGCCGAGUUUCUAGUCUUUCGGCGAGGCCACGUGCCGCCACAAAUGCGCAAUCUCAACAAAAAGCCUCAAGGAGAUGCUGGAAGCACGGACGUCGCCUUAGCUCACCAAAACGCUGAGACUGAAAAGGAGACUGAGACUUCUGCUCUUCCGGAACAACAUAGCAUAUUUACAUGGACAGAUGUAUGCUAUGAUAUCCCGGUCAAGGGGGGUCAACGACGUCUUUUGGAUAAUGUUUCCGGAUGGGUCAAACCUGGAACGCUCACGGCCUUGAUGGGUGUCUCGGGUGCCGGCAAAACUACAUUACUCGAUGUCCUAGCCAAGCGUGUAUCGAUUGGGGUUGUUACUGGCGACAUGCUAGUGGAUGGGAAACCUCUUGACAGCAGCUUCCAGAGAAAGACUGGAUAUGUACAACAGCAAGACCUCCAUCUCGCUACGUCUACUGUCAGAGAAGCCCUCCGGUUUAGUGCACUUCUGCGACAACCAAAGUCGGUUUCCAAAAGCGAUAAGCACAAGCACGUCGAGGAGGUUAUUGAAAUGCUUAAUAUGCAAGAUUUCGCCAGCGCAAUUGUCGGAACACCAGGUGAAGGACUGAAUGUCGAGCAGAGGAAACUACUGACUAUUGGUGUUGAGCUUGCUGCUAAGCCUGCAUUGCUCAUAUUUCUCGAUGAACCGACAAGCGGACUAGACUCCCAGAGCUCCUGGGCUAUCUGCUCCUUCUUGAGGAAACUUGCGGAUCACGGUCAAGCAGUGCUAUCCACAAUUCAUCAACCUAGCGCGCUCUUGUUCCAGGAGUUUGAUCGCCUUCUGUUUCUAGCUAAAGGGGGUAGAACGGUUUAUUUUGGCGAUAUCGGUCCUCAGUCUAGUACUUUGCUGGACUACUUUGAAGCGAAUGGGGCAAGGGCUUGUGGACCAUCCGAGAAUCCUGCCGAAUACAUGCUUGAGAUUAUCGGAGCCGGUGCUUCUGGAAAGGCCACGAAGGACUGGCCCGCCGCCUGGCAAGCGAGUCAAGAGAUCAAGGACGUCUAUAAAGAAAUCGAGCGGAUCCAAAACGAAAGGAGCUCUACCCCUGAUAGCGAAGAUAAUGUUUCCCAGAAAGGGGAAUAUGCUAUGCCCUUUUCCAACCAGCUGUGGCACGUAACCCGGCGUGUCUUCCAACAAUAUUGGCGCGAGCCCGCCUAUGUGUGGGCCAAGCUGGCUCUAGCUACUGCUGCGUCCUUGUUUAUUGGAUUCACAUUCUUUAAACCCGAUAGCACCUUGCAAGGGUUUCAGGAUGUUCUCUUUAGUGCCUUUAUGCUCACGUCGAUUUUCUCGACCUUGGUGCAGCAGAUAAUGCCGAAAUUCGUGGUGCAACGGUCUCUAUAUGAGGUUAGAGAAAGACCAUCCAAGGCUUACUCGUGGGCAGCAUUCCUUGUCUCCAACGUCCUUGUCGAGAUCCCAUACCAGAUAGUCGCAUCAGUUAUUGCUUAUGCAUGCUACUACUAUCCCAUAUAUGGAGCCAAUCAGGCCUCCCAUCGACAGGGGCUCAUGUUACUCUUCGUCAUACAAUUCUACGUGUUCACCUCCACAUUCGCUGCUUUGGUGAUCUCCGCACUGCCCGACGCCGAAACAGGCGGUUCCAUUGCAACGCUAAUGUUCAUGAUGGCUUUGACCUUCAACGGGGUUAUGCAACCGCCUCAGGCCCUGCCAGGCUUCUGGAUCUUCAUGUACCGGGUGUCGCCACUGACCUACCUGAUUGCGGGCAUCACGGCAACAGGGUUACAUGGACGGGCAAUCCAAUGUGCCACCGAGGAGAUGAGCGUGUUCAACCCUCCCUCCGGCCAAACCUGUGGCGAAUACAUGUCCCAGUACCUUCAGACCGCAGCGGGCCAACUGUACAACCCCACCGCGACGCAGGGGUGCCAGUACUGCCAGUUGCAAAACGCAGACCAGUAUCUCGCUUCCAGCGAAAUUUACUACGUUCAACGGUGGCGCAAUUUCGGUAUCGGCUGGGCUUACGUGGGAUUCAAUAUCAUGGGCACUGUCGCCUUGUACUACAUGUUCCGCGUCAAGCAUUACAACCCCACUAGUCUGGUUAGAAGCGUCGUGCAGAGCGCUAAGCUGGUCUGUCGGGUUUUUAAGAGGCGAUCGGGAGAGACCCCGAAGGGGAGGGAGGCUGUUAAUGGUAGGUUGCUGUAGAUAGAGGGUUCGCGGGAUAUUGGGGCAGGUUUGUCACGGAUCAUGCCCUGCUUGCUUGCUUGCUCACUUUCGUGCUCGACAUGGCUAUUUGAUGGCUAUUAUUGUUUAUUUUAUGAAAGAUUUUUUUAACCUGUUAGCAUCUUCUUCUUGUCAGCUAUACUACGGUUGCAUGUACACUAGACAGGAUUGCUUUAGUAGCUACCUCGCU